UUUUCCUCCUCUUUUAAUUCUAGAAGUCAAACGUGCUUGUCCUCUUUGAGCUAAGGCCAUUUGGCGACUUGCACUAAAACAAUAAAAAAUGGCAUCAAAGGCUGAAUUAGCUUGUGUUUACUCCGCUCUCAUCCUCGUUGACGAUGAUGUCGCCGUCACUGGAGAGAAGAUUUCAACCAUCUUGAAGGCCGCAAACGUAGACGUAGAGCCUUACUGGCCGGGUCUCUUCGCUAAGGCACUGGAAGGCGUCAAUGUUCGCGAUCUGAUCACGAAUAUCGGCUCGGGUGUAGGAGCUGCGCCCGCGGGUGGCGCGCCCGCCGCAGCUGCCUCGGCCGCCGCUCCCGCCGCCGAAGCCGCCAAGGAGGAAAAGAAAGAAGAAGAACCAGAGGAAUCUGAUGAUGACAUGGGCUUCGGUCUUUUCGACUAAAAAGCUUUUUAUAAAGGCUUUGGUAUUCCAUUGUAAGCUUUAUGAAGCUUCUUUAGUUGUAAGGAAACCUUUAAUAUAAAAAAAAAUUAUAUAAAAACAGAA